UGUAAACAAACCCAGAGAGUUGCCAGACUUACCAAGUCGCGGUGAAAAAUUGUGAAGAGAAAAAGUACACUCGCCGGUUUAAAAGGAUAUUCUUUUACAACUUUGCCAUGUACCAGCCGCCUUUACCACCGUCUCCCAUUCAGCCUCCUCCCCCGCCUCCACCACCUCCACCAGAGUCUGAGAACGGCCUGCUUCCACCCGGAAUAGGUAGUUCCUCGCACGCCUACCCAUCGAUUGAAACUCAGGAUGGUUCGAACUCUUUGGACUACGCAUAUCCGGAGACACCAGCACUCCAUGCCAACGCUAUGCCUAGCUAUGACCCCUAUCAUCAACAGGCAUCCUACAUAUAUGAUGGCUACGGAUACCUGGACCCGGCACAAAAGUAUUAUGGCCCUGACCAAUCUUACCAGUAUCAGACAUCAGGCCCAUCAUCAUAUCCGUAUGAUAACUACAAACAACCAGAACGCUAUCCCGCGUAUCCAUCCAGCUACCGUCCACCUUCCGAAAGGGAGAGGUACCACUCCUAUGGUUCUGGUCAAGGCUAUCACCAUUAUCCCGGUUACAGCUCGGGAAAGCGAUACGAGCAACGAUAUGGACAGAACCAACGGCAGCCUCCAGAGCAACGAUACGCUCAGGAACCUCGACAUGGUCAUGGUCAGUACGCCCACAGGCCGCCGAGGGGAUCCUCCCACGGCCCCUAUGGAUCUUCAACCAGGAGUGAGGAUUACCCGGCUCGGAGCUAUCGUGAAAGGGAAAGAACCGAGCCGAUAGAGAAGCCCAGGCCUAAGCCAAAAGUAGAGACCGAAAGAGAUCGUCUCUUACGGCAGUGGUGUUCCAACUACUGCGAGAAACCAGAGGAUUACGUGAAGAAGAUGAACGCACUCAGCGAGGCGGAUGCCCCCGCCGAGUCAUGGGUGCGAUCCUCGCCAGCUGAUCCUUACUACGAGCGCACUAAUAAUGAGAACGAGGUCAAAGGACGAGUACGGCUGCAAAAGCUUUGCAAUCUGUUUGACGAGGAGCUGCUGCAAAGGGCGGAUCGGGUGCGUCAAAAGCUUCCUGUCUACGUUCCGCCUCCGAGGAAAGCGCGCAGACGUGUUUGCAAGCACAAGCACAAGUCGGAGGCCUGCUCCUCGUCCUCUUCCUCUGAUGAGGACUCCGACGAAGACGCCUUCAAGAUCGAGCAGGACUGCUGCAUGGAGGAGUUGUCCCGCAAGGUGCAGCACCCGCAACGAGUGCAUGCGGAUCUUUGGCACAACGACGCUGGCGAGAUGAAUGACGGACCUCUUUGUCGCUGCUCGGCCAAGUCCCGGCGCAUUGGCAUCCGACACGGUAUCUACCCGGGCGAGACUGGCUACAAGGUGUGCGACCCGAACAGCAACAACGCGGGAAAGUUGUUCCACUACAGGAUUAGCAUCUCACCGCCCACAAACUUUCUGACCAAGACACCCACCAUAAUAAAACAUGAUGAGCAUGAGUUCCUGUUCGAGGGCUUCUCUCUACUUUCGCAUGUGCGUCUUACCGACCUGCCCGUGUGCAAGGUGAUCCGCUUCAACAUCGAGUACACCAUAGAGUACGAGGAGGAGAAGAUGCCAGAGAACUUCACUAUCAACGAGCUGGAUCUUUUCUUUAAAUACCUCUUCCACGAGCUGCUAGAGUUGGUGGAUUUUAAUCUGAUGCCUAAUGUGGCCUCCGGCAGCCCCGAAAAAUCCUGUCCAGCUUUCCACUUUCUCCCGCGAUUUGUGCGCGAUCUACCAGACAAUGGAAAGGAAGUUUUAGCCAUGGUCGAAGUUCUCCGCUACUUGCUGGAUAACUCUGCCCAACUGGUGGAACGACAGCAGCUGCUGCACCUGAACCAAAUCAGUCAAACUGAGUGGCAAAACUACGUGGACUUCAUCAAAGGAAUGCUGGUCACAAAGCCAGGGCACAAGCCGUGUUCGCUACGCGUUGACCAACUCGAUAGGAACAACUCCGAUCUGCCCGAAUGUGUGGAUCGCGAAACUGGAGUCUCGCAUCCUGCAAUUGUGCAUUUCGGGAUUCGUCCGCCCCAGCUUAGCUACGCCGGAAAUCCAGAGUACCAGAAGGCUUGGCGUGAGUACGUCAAGUUCCGGCAUUUAAUGGCCAACAUGUCGAAGCCUUCGUUUAAGGAUAAGCGAAAGUUGGAGGAGAAAGAGCAACGCCUGCAGGAAAUGCGCACCCAGGGGCGCAUGAAGAGGAACAUUACGGUGGCGAUCAGCUCAGAGGGAUUCUACCGAACGGGUAUCAUGUGCGAUGUUGUGCAACAUGCUAUGCUGGUGCCCGUCCUUACUGGUCACCUCCGUUUCCACAAGUCGCUAGAUCUUUUGGAGGAGAGCAUUGGAUAUCGGUUUAAGAAUCGCUAUCUGUUGCAGUUGGCGCUAACACACCCCUCAUACAAGGAGAACUACGGCACGAAUCCGGAUCACGCCCGCAACUCGCUGACCAACUGCGGCAUUCGUCAGCCGGAAUACGGGGAUCGCAAGAUCCACUACAUGAACACCCGGAAGCGGGGAAUCAACACUUUGGUGAGCAUUAUGUCCCGCUUCGGCAAGGAUCACGAAACCGUCUCGAAUAUCACACACAACGAGCGUCUGGAGUUCCUCGGCGAUGCUGUGGUGGAGUUUCUCAGCUCCAUCCAUUUGUUUUUCAUGUUUCCGGAGCUGGAGGAAGGUGGUUUGGCCACUUACCGGGCAGCCAUUGUCCAAAAUCAGCACUUGGCCCUGUUGGCCAAGAAGCUCCAACUGGAGGAGUUUAUGCUGUACGCCCACGGAUCUGAUCUGUGCCAUGAACUGGAGUUGCGACAUGCCAUGGCCAACUGUUUUGAAGCUCUCAUGGGUGCCCUACUGCUGGAUGGAGGCAUCAAGGUGGCUGACGAGGUGUUCACAGAUGCCCUCUUCCGGCAGGAUGAAAAGCUUCUUAGCAUCUGGAAGAACCUUCCGGAACAUCCGCUACAGGAGCAAGAACCACUAGGCGAUCGCAGCUGCAUUGAGUCUUAUCGCGUGCUUAAGGAGUUGACCAAAUUCGAGGACUCUAUCGGCAUCAAGUUCAAGCAUAUUCGUCUUUUGGCCCGCGCAUUUACUGAUCGUUCUAUUGGCUUCACCCACUUGACCCUGGGAUCCAAUCAGCGUCUGGAGUUUCUUGGCGACACUGUGCUGCAGUUGAUCUGCUCUGAGUAUUUAUAUCGCCAUUUUCCCGAGCACCACGAGGGCCACUUGUCCCUGCUGCGUUCCUCGUUGGUAAAUAACCGCACGCAAGCAGUAGUAUGCGAUGAUUUGGGGAUGCCCAAAUAUGCGGUUUACGCGAACCCCAAGGCUGAUCUGAAGACCAAGGAUCGUGCCGACCUGCUUGAAGCCUUCCUGGGAGCCUUGUACGUGGACAAGGGUCUUUUGUAUUGUGAGCAAUUCUGCCACGUAUGUUUGUUCCCGCGCCUGCAACUUUUUAUUAUGAACCAGGACUGGAACGAUCCAAAGUCUAAACUGCAGCAGUGCUGCCUCACCCUGCGAACAAUGGAUGGAGGCGAGCCUGACAUCCCUUACUACAAAGUUGUGGAAGCUAGUGGUCCGACAAACACACGGGUGUAUAAAGUGGCCGUUUACUUCCGUUCAAAGCGACUGGCCACCUCUAGCGGCUCCUCUAUCCAGCAGGCAGAAAUGAACGCCGCAAAGCAAGCGUUGGAGAACUCAAGGGACUUAUUCCCGCAACUGGAUCACCAGAAGAGAGUGAUUGCCAAGAGCAUUAAGAAGCAGACGGGCAACGAGUUGGACAACGAGAUUGAUCGGCAGCACCAGGAGGAGAAAGUAAAGCGGCCGAAGUACGCAGCUCCUAUUCAGGAUGAGAGCCAUCUGCCCAAACAAUAUCGCAUGCACGAGAAUAUUUCCAGCGACGAAUUGCCAGAAGACGAUGAGUUCGAAGGCUCUGCUCCCAAAAGCCCAACUAUGGGUCUUAAAUCCAGGAGUGGCAACAGCAGCAGCAGCAGCGACAGCGAUGAUUCCAGCUCAUCUCCCAAACGCAAGCGUCGCGUGAGAAAUAAUAGCUCGGUAUCUUCGCCAACUUGCUAGGAAUAAUUGCAUUUAAAGUUUACCAAAGGUAUACCAAAAGCUUUAGGGAGAAAAAUGAAAAUAUUUAGUAACGGUAUGGCUCUAAAAGUUAUGAUGAUUUAGACAAUUCUGAGCAUAUCUGCCUACUUAUUUUAACCGUAGUUAUAUACCCUUGCAGUUAAAACUAUUAGGUGUUUGUUUUUGUUAGUCCCAUUCUAAUAAUGUCGGUAAUAAGUCAUAUAUAGUUCUCCUAGAGGUAUGGCGAAUUUCCCAUACAUCCUUUCUUUUUUUUUAUUUGACUCUAAAAGGAAUCAUCCCUGUAUGAUAAAAAAAAAACAGCCAUAUAAUUUGUAUUAGAUUUUGUAUCUUUCCUAUGGAAGCAAAAAAUAGUCUUCUGAUCCGACAUAUAUACUACAAUAACUUAACAACUUUCGAAAGUUUCAGCAAAAUACCUUAAAACCAAGAAUCUAGUUUGCAUAGGUAUAGAAAGGCAGGCAGACGUACAUGUCUAGAUCGACUCUGAUGGUGAUGCUAAUCAAGUAUAUAUAUUCUUUAUGGGGUUGUAAACUUAAAUUACAAAACCCUCUGAAAUGGUAUAAAAAUACAAAAACGAAAGAGUUAAAAUUAAGUUUUUUCAAAGCCCAAUAAUUAAAGUACCAUACGAUAAAAUAAAUGAGAACUAAGAAGAUGUGCUUGAACGAUGCAAUUGUACAGA